AUGGUGGUAGGACUGGCAACUCCGCUAGGGAUCUCAGACUCUGAUUGUUUGACAUUAAACUCGAUUCUGUCUGAAUCAGCCAAAGAAAUCUCUUCUUUGACAUCAAAACUCCGAACAAACUGGUUGAUUUCAUUUAUUGCAAGAGAAGUGACAAAGUCAAAGAAGUCAACAGCCUGUUCGAUAUUCUUGGCAGAAGGCACGUACCAAGAAAAGUCCAAGUUGUCCUUGUCAAACCUGGCCUUAUCGAACUGGAAUCCACCCCAACAUCUUUCGUCAAUUGGUCCAUUCUUCUUAAUCCAAGACUUGGAAAUAAGACGCCGUUCCAGCAGUCUAGGAAGAGUGGUUCCAGCCAAAAUAGAUUCUGCGAUGGUGAGAGACGCGAAUGCCGCUUCUCCUUUCAAUUUGGAAAGUCUAAACAAAAUCAGGUCCUUGAUUUCCUUGAGCGUUGUGUCAUCUAGCCCAGUCGCGCCUAGGAGAAAAGCAUCUGCUAACUGUCUGAACAAUUCGUCCGACAAUGACUCAGUUAAUGAGUCGAAUGUUUGCGAAAUGAAGACACUGGCUUUAGUUUCCAUCUGGCCAUCAUCCUCUAAACUUGGAGAAAACUCAAGGUACUUGAAUGCCUUUUCUGUGAACUGUCUGAUGAAUUCGGAAAACAACGAAGAGCUCGAUUUCAAGGCCUCAAGUUCAAACUCUGGAUCAUAA